ACCUUGGAAGAAAAGUCAACGCCAACCUUCAUGCACUCGUCAUUAACCUUCUGAAAGGCAGCCCUAAAUUCUGGAUUCAUGGCAAGCUUGAUCAUUGCCACCUUGGACGGCGGUGUUCUGUAGUCAAGCCCUGGUAUUUAUAAGCCUAGGAUACCCAGCAGAGCAAGAUACACACCCUGCUUUUUAAUGAAUGCGAUAAAAUCAUUUAAAGCGCCAGACGCAUCCGGGUUAUCCCGCAACGCCUUGAAUAUAGUCGUGUUCUGGAACUUUUCAAAUUUUGCGAGGUCCUCCGGUGACUCGGAUGAAGGUGUAGCGAGACGUCGAACGCUCGUCGAGAAGGGGCGAGGAGUGUAGAUAGCACGAUGGUGUAGAGGCCGUGCGAUACGAACAGUGGUGCCCAGUAUUCGCUGCAUCGUCGUGGUGGAACGGAAGAAGAAAAUCUCGGGCGCGUCAUGACCGGCAGGCAACAUUUGACAAAAUCGUCGGCUUCAAAUAAAAGACAACGAAACGAACUGCCACCAUCUCUUGGUUCCUCCAUGACCACCGCUCGCGUCCGCCGUGAAGAGGACGUACGGCAUGCAGAGGAUCUUCAGACAGAGGCUGGAAUACGAGUAGCUGCACGAGCGACUGCAAUUGGUCUUGGGAUCUCUAUCAUUGCACAUUAUGCAUGGCCUUGGUACAGACGACAACCAAUGUCCUUUAAAGGUUUCCUUGUCGGAGCCUCUGGUGUCUUUGGCUUGGUAUUCGGGGCUGAACAUGCACUCCUUGAAUACGAAGCGGAACGUCGUGUGCAGGAAAACACCGUUCGCAGACAGGCUCGCUUAGAACUUACCAGGCGCGGAAUCGUACCGACAGAAACCGAAAUCAACAAGUGGAGGUUAGCAAAGGAAUCGGAAGAGUAGUUCAUAGCAUCGACAGCAAGUGCAAUUGGAUACUUAUAGUCAGUAUGUUCCUAUUAGUUUUCGACAAUAACAGAACGCUGGGAUAUGUAUCAAUGUCCUAAAUAUGUGUAUUAGUUGAUGAUUGAUGCAUGCAGGGCUAUGUCCAAUGG